AGAAAAAAGAAAUUGCUAUAGCCGAUGACCGUCAAGCUUGGAGUCUUCGUUGAUGGGUCCACAGUCCACUAGCUUAUAAAUCCCAGUAUUCAGCUUGUGCACGCCACAUUCAACUUUAUUCUAUCAAUCUCACUCAUUCUACUGAAUGUUUCUCCUCUUCAGUAGUCUAAACAACACAAGCAGCUCAGCUCAGGGGCAGCUUCACCACAACACAACUACAGGGAUGUGGAUGGGGGCAGCUUCAAUGGCGGGUUCAUGGGUAGCUGCUGGUCCAACGAUUGCAAGCUUCAUGUUUGUUUGGGCUAUGAUUCAACAAUAUUGCCCACAAGCAGUUCUUCGUUUCUUUAAAAAGUACUGGCGUAGACUCAUGAAUUACUUCCAUCCUUACAUACAGAUCUCAGUCCAUGAAUUUGCUGGUGAACGCCUCAAACGCAGUGAAGCUUUCAUUGCUAUUGAAUCAUAUCUCAGCAAGAAUUCAUCCAACACUGCUAAACGACUCAAGGCUGAGAUAGGGAAAGAUAGCACCAAUUUGGUGUUCAGUAUGGAUGAUCAUGAAAAGGUGACUGACGAAUUUCAAGGAGUGAAAGUAUGGUGGGUUUUAAACAGAACAGGUUCAACCACAAAUUCUGAUAAUUCCUAUCCUAAUCCUGAUAGGAGAUACUACACACUCACUUUCCACAAGAAGCACAGAGGUUUGAUUACAGAACCAUAUUUGAAGUAUGUGUUGAGUGAAGGGAAAGAAAUUAGGGUAAGAAACAGGCAAAGGAAGCUCUACACAAACGGUUCUGGUGGAAGAUGGAGUUACAGCCAUACUAUGUGGAGUCAUAUAGUAUUUCAGCACCCUGCAACAUUUGACACAAUAGCAAUGGAAUCAGAGAAAAAGCAGGAGAUCAUUGAUGAUUUGAUGACCUUCACUUGCAGUAAGGAUUUUUAUGCUCGAAUUGGGAAGGCAUGGAAACGCGGCUAUCUUCUAUACGGUCCACCGGGAACAGGGAAGUCAACUAUGAUUGCUGCAAUGGCCAAUCUACUGAACUAUGACAUCUAUGACUUGGAACUCACUGCAGUGAAAAACAACACGGAGCUUAGGAAGCUUUUAAUUGAGACGACAAGUAAAUCAAUAAUAGUGAUUGAGGACAUCGAUUGCUCGCUCGAUUUAACAGGGCAGAGGAAGAAGAAAGAAGAAAAUUCCAAGGAUGAUGAGAAAGAAAAACCCUCCAAGGAAUCUUCCAACAAAGAAGAUGAGAGCAGCAGUAAAGUUACACUCUCAGGAUUGUUGAACUUCAUUGAUGGAAUAUGGUCAGCCUGUGGUGGGGAAAGACUUAUCGUUUUCACCACCAAUUAUGUGGAGAAGCUUGAUCCAGCCCUUAUCAGAACUGGUCGGAUGGAUAAACAUAUUGAGCUUUCUUAUUGCAGAUUUGAGUCGUUCCUUGUGCUGGCGAAAAAUUACUUGAAUCUUGAAACUCAUCCGCUAUUUGAUCAAAUCAAAGAACUGAUUGAAGAUGUCGAAAUCACACCUGCUGAUGUUGCAGAGAACCUCAUGCCCAAGUCUCCAAAAGAUGACCUUGAGAAACGUAUUCACAAAUUAAUUCAUACUCUGAAAAGGGCAAAAGAAGCAGCAAUCGUUAAGGAAUCUCAAGAAGUAAAUACAACGGAAUCAACCCCAACUAAUGUUCAGUCACAAACUGAAGACUCGUCUUCAAGUUGAAUUUAGCACUCUCUGGUAAUGGUUAGUGUUUGUUAGGCUCAUCUGCAAGUUGAAUUUAGCACUUCCUUUUAUGGUGGCUGAUAACUAAAAUUUAAGCUAUACAAUUCGUCUAUGUAUCAUGCCACUCGAAAUAUUUUAGCUCCUGUCUAGAAAUGGUAUGGAAUUCUCUUAGUAAAUAAAAUGUCCAGAUUAUUAUUAGUUA